AUGAACCGAUCAUUUUUGGUAGACACGUUGAUCAGUGAUUCGAAAGAUCGCAAAAAGACAGACAUGUCCAGUGACCAUCUGCACGCGUAUACUAAUCUUAUGCACCACCAUUUGGAUACUAGACCCAAGUUUCUCCCGUAUCCGUACCCUGGAAGCUUAAACUUGUUAAGCCUAGGAUUGCAGCAGCAACAAACAGCUCCAGAUUUAUUCAGGCCUUUCUUGGAGCAUCUAAACUUCCGGUACCCGUUGAUGCAUCAGCUGCCACGUCAACCAGAGCUGUAUGAACCAAGUGACAAUCGUCCAAUUGAUGGAUAUUUAAAGACUGAAGAACCAGAACCUGUCAACUUCGUAAGCCGAAGGAAGAAGUCCAUAUCACCUUACUUACAUCAUCCAUAUAAACCAACUACAUCACCAUCGAAAAGCCAAGGACAGAGAUCGCCAUCUCUAUCAAGUGAAAGCAGGAACGGCACGCCAAGUCCACCACUGGCACAUCCAGAAGAACUGCUACCAGGGUACUCCAAGGAGCUAAAGCGUUUACCGAUGAAAGAAGAUUCCAGCAAAAGAAUCAGAACCGCUUUCACUGGCACACAACUUUUAGAAUUAGAGAGAGAAUUCUCUAUGAACAUGUACCUGUCAAGACUGAGAAGAAUUGAGAUUGCGUCGAGAUUGAAGCUGUCGGAAAAGCAAGUGAAAAUCUGGUUCCAGAACCGUCGUGUUAAGCUAAAGAAGGAGGAGAGCCCUACGUCCAAUGAUGGAAGGGCUAAAAAGUGCUGCUGUGCCAAAGCGUCGUGCUCCAAAAGUAGUUCAGCACAGUGUGAAAAUGAACAUGAACAAAUUGAUGUUGUCAGUGAUAACGAUCCUAAUUUCGAAGCUCAGAAUUUGUCGCGCUACUCGUGA